CUGCGGCGCUGCCUCCGCGCCUGGGCGGGGCGGGCGCGGGGAGAAAGGAGCCGCGCGCGAGUUCUGGGCACUGCGCGGGGCGCACGUUGCGGGAUGGAAAGCAGGGCGCUGCUGGUCAUCGCGUUGUGGCUCUACGUGGAGAUCCGGGCUGACUCUGGGGGUUUGUCUAGUGUUCCUCUCGAUCUACCCAGGCUCAGCAUACAAAAGACAUACUUACAAUUAUGGCUAACACAACGCUUCAGAUUACUUGCAGUGGGCAGAGGGAUUUGGACUGGCUAUGGCCCAACAAUCAGAGUGGUUCUGAGAACAGAGUGGCAGUGACCGAGUGCAGCGACCAUGUCUUCUGUAAGACGCUUACAAUUCCAAAAGUGAUCGGAAAUGAUACUGGAGCCUACAAGUGCUUCUAUCGGGACAGCAACAAGGCCUCUGUCAUUUAUGUCUAUGUUCAAGGUAAGUGGUUAAAUAGAAUUCAUUUCCCAUGUUGAUUUACCAGUUAUAAAACACAAUAGGCACAAAGAAGAAUUGAGUACAACAAUGGCUCACUCUAAAGGCUGUUUGCCAACAGGAAUAUACAAAAUUCUUUUCUCCCAAGGCUUCCUGUCACAAUCAGACUCAUUGAUUUGUUCUGGAGCUUGCACCCCCUUAUAUUUCUUUUGCCCAAUUACUUUGG